UAACCACGAAAUUCUCGCGCAACGAGUAGCAGCAGCAACACAAAACCAAAACACGCGAAGGGUACUGCGUUGUGUUGCGGCGGCGAAGAUGGUGUCAGGUUCAGGGAUCUGCGCGAAGAGGGUGGUAGUGGACGCACGGCACCACAUGCUGGGUCGUUUGGCUUCGAUCGUUGCGAAGGAGCUUCUAAACGGCCAGAAGGUUGUUGUCGUUCGCUGCGAGGAGAUUUGUAUCUCUGGUGGCCUCGUUAGACAGAAGAUGAAGUAUAUGAGGUUCCUCCGCAAACGCAUGAACACCAAACCCUCUCACGGUCCCAUCCAUUUCCGUGCACCCGCCAAGAUUUUCUGGCGCACAGUUCGUGGAAUGAUACCGCACAAGACAAAGCGUGGGGAAGCUGCACUUGCUCGUUUGAAGGUUUAUGAGGGAAUCCCUCCUCCAUAUGACAAGAUGAAGAGGAUGGUUGUACCUGAUGCUCUGAAGGUGUUGAGGCUUCAGAAAGGGCAUAAAUUCUGCCUACUGGGUAGGUUGUCAUCUGAAGUUGGGUGGAACUACUAUGAUACCAUCAGGGAGCUGGAAAAGAAGAGAAAGGAAAAAGCACAUUUGGUUUACGAGAGAAAGAAGCAGCUCAACAAACUAAGGGUGAAAGCUGAGAAGGUUGCUGAUGAGAAGCUUGGUACCCAACUUGAUAUCCUUGCUCAAGUUAAAUACUAAGUAGAAGUCUUUGUUAGUUUUUUAAAAUUUUUUAUGUGACUUGUACCAAAUUGAACUCCCUUUCAAUUUUGCUGGAGGUUGUAUUUGUCAUUGGAUCAUAGAUCUGAUAAUCUUGGAAGCUGUUUAUUUAUUUACUUGUGUGCUUUGUAGAAUUUUCAUGCCAACCAUAUAAUUUCCAUUUCCUUAAAAAUUUCACUUACCCUUAGUUUUCUAUUCAAUGGAGUAAUUUAUCGAAGUUAUUUCAACUUCGAUGGAGAAUCCUGCUAAUUUGUUUCUGAUAAUAACAAAGCGUUUU